AUGCAAGCAUCUGUUUGGACGGAUAUUAUGGUGCUGGAAUAGAAAUGUGUUUAUUAUGCAAUAAACUAUUUAAAACAUGUUAGAUUAGUUCUACUAAAUGUUACUCUUGUUAUAAAAUAGAGUAAUUUAGAUAUUUAAUUCUAAUUUAUGUAUUUAUAAGACAGGAUACUAGGAUAAUAGUUUUCCAUUAAGCGAAACUAUUUAUUAAUGAUAUUUUAAGAAUGUUAGAAUUUUUGUCUCACAUAUUAAGGUAAAAAAGAUUUAUGUACCAGUUGUGAUAUUAAUUAAAAUAGAGUUGAUCUCUCAGCAAUUAAAAAAUGUCCUUGCUCAACUGGAUUCUUUUAAGAUGAAAAUGGAGAAUUCUUGUAGAGUUUCAAAAAUAACAAACUUAUUACUCACAUUUAAUGCAUUUUUUUUACAUCUUAGCAUAGAAUUAUUAGUUUUACAAUUAUUUGUCAUAUUAUGAGGAUGAUGAUCUUUAACUUGAUUGUUAGAACUUCAGUGUUAGAUGUAAACUUUUCUCACAAUCUUCAGCAGGUUUUUAUGAAAUUAAUCUUUUCAUUGUGAAGGUAAUUAAUUCUUUAGUAACUUUUUAGUUUAUGAAAAUUAAUGUAAUACUUGCGAAAAGCCUAGUUCUAAUUGUUUAACUUGUAGAGAAGGAAGAUAUAAAUAAAAAUGUUUGUUACAUGGAUAUUUUGAAAGAGGACAACCUUUAUGUCUAUGUAUUAUUUAUUAAAUACUUUAAGAAUGUAGUUUUUAAUGUAAAACAUGUUCAUUAUCUUCUUUGAAUUGUUUAAUUGGAAAAGGAGUCGUUAAAUUAUUCCAUCGUGCUCUUACCCUGAUGGAUUUUAUGAUGAUUUUUAAAAUGAUUUUUGUUAAGUUUGUGAUCGAUUAUGUAAGACUAGUAAUAUUGAUGGUUGUCUUUCUUACAUUUGA